AUAUUAUUCUUUUAGAGAUGGGUGCUCAGUUCAUCAUGAUUAAGACUCCCCUACACAUUUCGCCAGGACAGUAUUGAAGUGAUGAUUGGUUUUGAUUCUUUUUCUCGUUUGUGGAUAUAUAAAUUACCACCUGUAAUCUUGAAAUAGAGGGAUUUUUUAGAAUGUGAAUAUCUUUCAAAGGCUAUACAGUGAGCACACCCCCGCGCUGUUUUCCUUUGACAGGAUACCAGGAUUUUCGGUUUACUUGAAAGCACAAAAAAAACUGUCGGAGUCCGGACAGCAGCUGUAACGCCGAGGCGCCUGGUGUCCGAAACAGCCCUUCAGCUCGGGGCGUCUGCAACAUCACCUCGCUGGAAUUCACCAACUUUACGAAUCAUUAGCAGUCUGCUGGUGGUGUUUUGCAGGGGUGGAACUCCUGGAGGGGCGCGGAGGGGCAGGAGAGGGAGUGGGAGAAGGAAUGGAGCUGGCCCACGGCCUGUUACUGAACGAAGAAGCCUGCAGCCAGCUCAGCAAGCAACAGAAGGCAGAGUUUGUGUUCGAAUGGCUACGAUUCCUCAAGAAACUUUUAGUUGCGGCGGACAGGGCCGAUGUGAAGGAGAAGCAGAAGAAGCUGGUGGAGCAGCUGCUGGCGGUGCUGAACAGCUCCCCAGGGCCCCCCACCCGCUGGCUUUUAGCCCAUGACCUGGCCCUGCUCUACAGCGUGGGCGACACCUUCUCCGCACACCACACCGUGGACAAGUGCAACGAUAUCAUCCGCAGCAAAGACGACUCGCCCAGCUGCCUGCCCACCAGGCUGGCUGCAGUGGCCUGUCUGGGUGCUUUGUACGAACAGCUGGGCCGGCUGCUGGGGAACACCUUCACCGACACCGUGGGGAACCUGCUUAAGGCAAUGAAGAGUGCAGAGUCUCGGGGCCGCUAUGAGAUCAUGCUGAGCCUGGAGAAGAUUCUGCGUGGCCUGGGAGUGAGCGCGGUGCCCUGCCACAGGGAGAUCUACAAGGCGGCUCGCGUCUGCCUGACUGACCGCUCCAUGGCUGUACGCUGUGCGGCCGCCAAGUGCCUCCUGGAGCUCCAAAACGAAGCCAUUUUCCUUCGAACCUCAGAGCUGGAGAACGUGGUCACCUUGUGCUUCAAGGCCUUUGAAGGCUCCAACUAUGAUGUGCGGAUGGCUGUUUCAAAGCUCCUGGGCACCAUUCUCGCAGCAGCUGUAAUGCCUAAACAAGCCACAGCAGCGCCCAGGCAGAGUCUGAAGAAGACCUCCCUGGAGGAGGUGAUGGACCUCCUGGCCUCGGGGUUUCUGCGUGGGGGCACGGGGUUCCUGCGGGCUGGCGGGGACAUGCUGAAGGGCACCAGCUCGGUCAGCAGGGACGUCAGAGUGGGCAUCACUCAGGCCUGUGUCGUGUUCGUCUCCUGUCUGGGUGGCCCCUGGCUGGAGAGGAACUUCUCGGCCCUGCUGGGGCUCGUCUUGGAGCUGGUGUCCCACCCCAAGGCCACGCAGACUCCGGCAGACGCCAUCUUCUGCCGCCGAUGCAUCUCCUUCGUCCUGCGUGCCACAGUGGGGGGGCUGCUGGGGGAGAAGGCCCAGAUCGCGGCCGCCAAGGAGAUCUGCCAGGCGGUGGGCCGACAGAAGAGAGCUGUAGAUGCCGCCAUGAGCGAGAGCAAUGUGGAGACGAGGGUGGGAACGUUGGAUGUCUCGGCCAGCCAGCAUGUGCUGGUCUGCGCCCUGCUGGAGCUGGGCAGUCUGGUUCAGGGUCUGGCCUCCACUGCCACCCCUCUGCUGCAGGACGCCAGCACAGGGGUCCUGGACACGGUGGUGUCCGUGCUGCUCCACCCCAGCGCGUCGGCGCGGCUGGCCGCCGCGUGGUGCCUGCGCUGUGCGGCCGUGGCGCUGCCCUCCCAUCUGCCCUCUGUCUUCUGGGAUUUUCAGGUAGUAAUUGGCUUGGCAGAGGACUUGCUUCGAUCUGCCGUCCAGAACAGCCGCAUCUCUGUCCAGCGCACUCAAGCUGGCUGGCUCCUGCUGUCAGCAUUAAUGACAUUAGGGCCCGCUGUCGUCGAGUGCCAUGUUCCCAGGAUCCUGCUGCUGUGGAGGUGUGCUUUCCCUCUGUCCGUCAAGGAUCUGGACACGGAGCGUAGCCGUGGAGACUCUUUCACCUGGCAGGUGACCCUGGAGGGCCGGGCAGGAGCCCUGUGUGCGAUGAAGAACUUUGUCGUGCACUGUGGAGAUCUCCUCAAUGAUGAUGUCAUUGGCCGGCUGCUGCCGCCCCUGACCUGUGCCGUAGCUUUAUUAACGCAGUUGCCUUCGCUUCUCAAAGUAUAUGGGAAUCCAAUGAAAAAUAUAUCAAUGGUCUUUAGACAGAGACUGUAUGAGAUCCUUGCUUUUCUGCCUCCCAAGACCUAUGAAGAGAGUUUCAGAGCCGUGCUCAGACAGCUGGUCAGUGACUUGACUGGACCUGAGAGCCCUGUGUGUGCUGGCCCGGUUCUGCUGCCGCCUCUCUGCCAUGCGGACGAUGUGUUUCUCCUUGGCCCAGCGCUGCAGGACACCGACCACCACUUCAUCGAGGAGCAGCUGCACCAGGGCGGCGGCGCUGGGGGAGGGAGCCUGGAGCACGACGUCUUCGUCAUCAGCGAGAAGGGGUGGAGGGUCCCCGCCCCCCUGCCUCCCGCGCUGGCCGUCGUCGUGGCGGCAGCGCGGCUCUUCGGGGUCGUCUUCCCGCAGCUGGCGGCCGCGCAGAGAGCCCAGAUUCUGGAGCAGUUUUUGGAGAGCCUAAAACAACUCAAAGGAGCCCGCCAGCAGGCAGCCCAGAUCCACACAGUCUCCGCGUUCUGCUGUGCCUUGAAGCGCCUGGGAACGUGCCGCGGGGGGCUGGGCUCGGAGGAGCUGCGGAAGCCGGCUCUGGCUCUGCUGAUGGGCGCUCUGGAAAGCGCCAACGCCCAGCUGAGGUGCGCGGCGGCCGAGGGGCUGUCUCGGCUGGCGCAGGCGGCGAACGACGCGGCCUUCACCGCGGGCGUGACCCAGAUCAGCUUUGACAAGCUGAAAUCCGCCAGGGACGUGAUAUCGCGGACAGGACACUCCCUGCUCCUGGGGUCCCUGUACCGCUAUUUAGGAGGUAUCAGCUCCAGCCAGCAUCUGGGUGCCUGUGUGGGAAUCCUAUACACCCUCUCUCAGGACAGCACCUCACCUGAGGUUCAGGCGUGGGCGCUGCACUCCCUGUCUCUGGUGAUAGACCUCGCUGGGCCACUGUACCACGCACACAUAGAGCCCACCUUCACUCUGGUCCUGAGGCUGCUGCUGUCUGUGCCUCCCGCACACGUGGAGGUGCAUCAGAGCCUGGGCCGCUGCUUAAACGUCCUCAUCACCUCCCUUGGACCCGAGCUGCAAGGUAGCAGCUCCGCGGUCUCGGCCCUCAGGACGUCCUGUCUGGUUGGCUGUGCGGUGAUGCAGGACAAUCCUGACUGUCUGGUCCAGGCUCAGGCCAUCUCCUGCCUGCAACAGCUCCACAUGUUUGCCCCCCGGCACGUCAACCUCACCAGCCUUGUCCCCAGCCUCUGCGUGAACCUGUGCAGUUCCUAUCUGUCCCUGCGGAGGGCAGUGCUGGCCUGCCUGAGGCAGCUGGCCCAGAGGGAGGCGGCCGAGGUGUCGGAGCACGCCGUGGCCCUGGUCAGAGACCUGCCGCGCCGCGACAGCACCGCGCUGGAUAUCAUGAUCAAAGAAACUGGCCUGGAGGGGGCGCUGUUUAGUCUCCUGGACAGGGAGCACGAUCAGCGGCUGUGCCAGGACAUCAAGGAGACGCUGGGUCACAUGCUGUCCUCCAUCACUGCGGGGAAGCUGGCGCAUUGGCUCAAGCUGUGCAAGGACGUGCUUUCAGCCUCCGCCGAUUUCGCCACUGCUGCCCCGGUGGAGACGACUCAAGAGGAGGAGGAGGGAGACCGCGCGGAGGACACCUCCGUCUUCACCUGCAGGCCCGAGCCCAGCUGCCCCUUCACCAACCCGCGCUGGUCCACGCGCGUCUUCGCCGCGGAGUGCGUGUGCCGCGUCAUUGCGCAGUGCCAGAGCGGCGACGAGGCGCACUGCAACAUGGCUCUGGCGCAGGAGAGGAGACUACAAGACCCUGCUGCGGACUUCCUGGUGCUGCACCUGGCGGACCUGAUCCGCAUGGCCUUCAUGGCAGCCACAGACCACAGCGACCAGCUGCGACUCUCUGGCUUACAGACCCUCCUGAUCAUCAUCCGGAAGUUCGCCGGCGUUCCGGAGCCCGAGUUUCCUGGGCACGUCAUCCUGGAGCAGUACCAGGCCAACGUGGGAGCCGCCCUCAGACCUGCCUUCAGUCCUGAUACGCCACCUGACGUAACAGCCAAGGCUUGCCAGGUGUGCAGCGCCUGGAUCGCCAGCGGGGUGGUCAGUGACCUGGGAGACCUGCGCAGGGUGCAGCAGCUCCUGGCCUCCUCUCUGGUCAAGGUGCAGGCCGGGAAGGAGGUGCACAGCCAGCUGUACAAUGAGAGCACAUCCACCAUGGAGACCCUGGCCGUGCUCAAGGCCUGGGCAGAGGUGUACAUCGUGGCCGUGGAGAGCCCCAAGCAGAGCGACAGUCCCCUGAAGCCGCCGAGGGCGGCCGGCUCCUCGGAUGACCCGGGCAGCUCCUCAGUGGACGGGCUGCUGCGGUUGGUGCAGGCCGACCUGGCCACUCUGAGCCGGCUGUGGCUGGCCGCGCUGCAGGACUACGCCCUGCUCACUCUGCCCCAGGAGUACGCCUCUCAGCUCCCUGCCGGAGGUGGCGCGUUUUACACUGCAGAAACAGUAGAGCACGCCAGGCCCCAUUACUGCAGCUCCUGGGCUCCCAUUCUUCAUGCUACUGCACUCUGGCUCAGCAGCACGGGGUUCAUCGUGGUGGACGAAGGGCCAGCCAACCUGUCCAGGCCCGUCACCCCGACCUCCAUGGGUCAGUCCACUUCACUGGCCAGCGUCAAGUCUCCGGAGGACGUCAACACUGACCGCUUCCACCUCAUCUUAGGGAUCAGCGUGGAGUUCCUGUGCUCGCCUCGGUCGGACACGCAGAUGGAGAGCAUCUCCUCCUGUCUACACGCCCUGCAGUCUUUGCUGGACGUCCCUUGGCCGAGAUCUAAAAUUGGAAACGAUCAGGCCCUCAGCGUGGAGCUGCUCAGCGUGCUGCACCGCCUGGUCCUGACCCGCGAGUCCCCCGCCGUGCAGCUGGCCGUGCUCCAGCUGGCCCGCCAGGUGGUGUGCGCUGCCCAGGAGCACGUCAAGGAGAAGCGGCACAGCGCGGAGGUUGACGAUGGUGCCGCAGAGAAGGAGACGCUCCCGGAGUUCGGGGAGGGCAGAGACACAGGGGGCCUGGUGCCAGGGAAGUCCCUGGUGUUCGCCACGCUGGAGCUCUGCCUGUGCAUCCUGGUGAGGCAGCUCCCACAGCUCAACCCGAAGCUGGCUGGCAGCCCUGUGGGGCAGGGAGGCCAGCCCCAGCCCCUUACCGAGAACGACUGCAAGCUGGUCUCUGCUGCCCUGGGCAUCCUUUCUGACCUGCCUUCCAUCUGCUCCCCUGAAGGCAGCGUGUCGAUCCUCCCCACGGUGCUGUUCCUGAUCACCGGCGUGCUGCGCGAGGCCGUGCUGCGGGGGCAGGGCAGCCCGCUGGCCCUGGUGGUCCCGGUGGCCCUGCAGGCGCUCCGGGCGGUGGUCUCGUCCCCCAUGGCCCGCACCGAGAAGAGCCACGCCGCCUGGACCGGCCUGCUGCGCUGCGCUCUGGCCACGCUGCUCGACCUGUGGGACGCCGGCGAGUCUCACCCAGAGGUGGACGAGGUCAGUCUCCUCACAGCACUGACAAUUUUCCUGCUGUCCGCUAGCCCGGAGGUCACCACCGCGCCCUGCCUUCAGACCCGCUGCAUCGCCAAGUUCAGAAGAAGCCUGGAGACGCAGGAUCCUGUGGUUUUGACGAAGAGCUGCCAGCUGCUGCAGACCGUGUUCCAGAGCCCCAGCCCGGUGGUGGCGAUACCCUUCAUCCAGGCGCUGGGCCCGGCCAUCGUGGGGCGGCUGCGGGAGGUGGAGAAGAGGAUGCCCCAGAGCGUGGCCGAGCUGCAGGCCGCGCAGGAGGGGGUGCGGGCCCUGGAGGCGCUGGUGUCCGUGGCUGACGAGGAGUGCCGCUCCCAGCUGGUGGCAGUCUUGCUGCCCAUUCUGAUCUCAUUCCUGCUGGAUGAGAACGCGCUGGCCUCCGCGCAGCUCCCCGCGCGCAACCUGCACGAGUUUGCCCUCCAGGACCUGAUGCGGCUCGGCCCCCAGUACUCCGCGGUCUUCAGGUCCCUCAUGGCCAGCUCCCCGCCCAUGAAGGCGCGGCUGGAGGCCGCCGUCAAGGGCAAUCAGGAGAGCAUCAAGGCCAAGACCGCUGCCCGAGAGCCCAGACCCCCUGGGAAGAACUCUCCCAGCAUCCAGCUCAAGACCAACUUCCUGUGACGCCAGUGUGGCCUUGAAAAGAUCCACUGGGGAUGUGCACUCGCUUACUGUAGAACGUCUCACACUGUAACUCUCAAUUAACACUCGAGGCACGCGGAGUCAGUGAGCAUUUCUUUACUGUUAGUUCGCCAAAAAAAAAAAAGAGAUUUUUAUUUUUAUUGAUUAUUUUUUUAAUCUUAAGUAGUGAUUAGGCUUGAUUCAGAUUUUAUUGGAAGUGUUUGAAAGCUCUUGGAGGAAGUGGAAGAAGGAGUGGUAUGAGGAUGAUACAGAAUGGGAACUGGUCUCUGCAAAGACCUUUAUCCACUUAAAGAGCUAAAAUGGAUCAGGUAGCCCAAAUGUACUACCUUGUCUCCCUGGGGAGGCACUGUGAGGGCUUGGGGAGGAGCUCAGGUAGUCUGUUCCUAGGCAAAGAGAGAAAUCUUACGCCUUUAGCCUACUGCAAAGAAGCAGAAGUGGGUGCAUUUCCAGAGACGCAUAAUUAACAAAGUCUUUCACCAACUUUUCCUCCAGAUGAAAAAUUGAACCCAGUGUCAGUAUUGGUACAGUAUCAAACCUGAGGAAUACUAGGAGCCUGACGGCAGUUAUUUGCACUUCAGUCAGAAGGGAGGAAAAAAAAGCUUGUUUUGUAUUACUAAAUGCAGCAGGAUGUAGUGACUUCUCCAAGGUACUAAAUAUUGUGAGUUUUAGUAUUGUUAAUCUUAAAAUUAAGGUGGACCAGCUAAUGGUAAACUCCAGUUCCUUUUAGAAACAAUAGUUUCACAAAUAGGAGCUAUCUAAUAUAAUAAAUAGCAAAUAUAAGGGUUAUUGCCAGAAAUUGCUUGAUAACUUAAAAGCUUUCAGGUGAACCUGUAUUUUCUGGGCCUGGCAAACAAAUCCAGUUCACUUUCAGUGUCAAGACAAAACAUUUUUUUGUUCAUUUCCUAAAUGGCAAAGUAGGGUAAUUGCUAAUGAUUAAAAUGUGCUCUUAGAUACGUAAAAAACUGCACAACAGACAAAUAAAAUCUGCUGAACAGUUUGGUACCUUGUUCGUCCUUUUGCAGUAUUUAAGUCCAUUAAAGCAUAAUGCAUGCUUUUAUACAACCUGAUUUGCUCUUACAGUAUUAACUGAAAUAGUAAUGAAAAUAUGGGCCAUUUUAUGAAAAUGUAGUAAACCUUUAUUUUGUCAAGAGGAGUAUUGUAAUAAAUUUGAGUAUUUUUUUCCAGCAUGGCAUUCACUCCAGCAGUGACACAUAAUAAUGUAACAGCAAGCUAAAUAAUUGUACACAAAGUGGCUGAGAGAGUAUACAUCUUCCAGCUGGAUUAUCUUGAUUCUCUUACGUUUCAUUUUACAAUUUAGAAUUGUGAGAAAAAUGCCCUAUAGCACGAAAAUACUAAUUUGUGUUUCUGAGCUCUUUUCCACUGUUGCUGUAUUAAUGGCUUGGAAAGCAAAAGAAGUUAAUAAAUGUGAUUCUACUAAAUUUCAUUUAAACUGACAACCUUCAAAAUAUAUUACAGAUAAACUGGUAGAGAUCUGUUUUUUUUUCUGUCCACUGAGGUAACUAAUUCAGAAUUGUGAUUGGUAUCAUGGAUUUUUAAUUUCUCUUGCAAUGUCAUUACAGCAAUGUUUAGUUAAAUAUAAAGAUGAUUCAGAAGGUAUUUGGUAAAACAGCAAGUGGAUUUUGUUUUCUAAUAUUAAAACCCACUGAAGUGUGGAGGAUUGGAGAAGUAAUAAGUGUGGAUCAAAUAGAUUCCUGGUAUUAAUCCCCUAUUUUCCAAACUCCUGAAGCACUUUUAUCAUGACAAAUUGUGUGUAACAUACUUUAUUAAUUGCAUCAUAAAACAGUAUUUUGUACAUAACAUUGUAAAUUGUACAGACUUAACAAUUUGACUUAAAUCCUAACAAUUUUUUCUAAUGUACUUAAAAUAAAGCCUAAUUUUUCUCUUAA